AUGGAUUCAAUAGAGAAGGAUUUGACAAACUUGGUAUUGGAUGGAGAUGAGAGUGUAGAUCAACAUCAGAGAUUGAUGGAGACACUGCGAGAGAAGAAGUUUCAGAUGUUGUUGAGACGUGAUCCAACUCGUGUGGUCAUUCUGGAGAAUAUUGAAAUGGAUACCAGUCAGUCCGUACAGACAAUGAUAGAACAAUACAUUAGAAACGAGUCGAUGCCAAGUCUAGUGCUGGUGCGCUACAUCACAAUGAUGCGAUCGAUGAUCAUGGUAUUUGUACAUCGCGAUGAUGCCAAACUAUGCAAACUACUCCUUGAGCGUCAGCCUCUAAUCGAUCUACAAGAUGUUAUUAUAUACUUUGGAAAGGACCUGAGCGAUGAGUUGAUAAAGAAGCACCAACUACUUCCACCAUUCCCACAGAGACAGUAUUUGAUAUCACCGCCUCUGAGUCCACCUGAGGACUGGGCUGCACCAGGUGAUGGACUGGAGCAGCCUCCACCAGAGCAUCCAGACGAGUCACAUUUCUCUGGAUUCGACCCAAAGAAACUGACCGAGAAGCUACAGGUCAUCUACCAAGACAACACAUCCAAUGGUUUCCCAUCAAUCACACUGGAGUUCUGUACAUAG